UUCCUGUGAGCAAUCAUGGCUUAAAACAGGAGAUCUUCUAGAGCCUGGCAAGAUAAAUAUUGCAGCUGGUAUAUGAACAGUGUAUGAACAGGUGCAUGUGAAUGAAAGCAUUUGAAGAAAAAGCAGGCACCAAAUAUCCUGUAUUGAUCAUUAAGAAUGCUGUUUCUAAUUAAUCAGACUGGGAAAUGGGUUGUUUCUGCCAAGCCUGCAACAAGGUCUAAUAAGUUAUCCCUGCUGUAGUUCUAUUAGUGGAGACCCUAAUUGAAGAACAGAAAAAUGGAUUCUUUUGAGAUUGAAAAACAUCUUUUUGCCUGGUAUCACUUACUGCCCCUUCUCCUCCCCACCCAACAGGAAGGAAGCAGUGAAAGCAAAAGAGCUAUCCCAAUUACAUAAGAGAUAGAGCCCAAAAUAAUUUGUUACUGGGCUGUUAUGAAUGCUCUUGAGGGAAAAGCUAACACUGCGUAUGUAAAGCGCUCGCUGUCAUCCCCCAGCUCCGCCUGUGGGACAAGGACUGCGAUGUCGGAAGCUCUCCAAGCUCUCAAUCCGUCUUGCUCCCCUCUUCCGUGUACUUGGAGCAGCCAUCCCUCUCACCGCCUUUUCCGGACACAUUCCCAGGUGUGAGGAGGGUUUCGGGGGCUGCCCGUGGGUGCCUGACAGCGCUGCCCGGAGCGGGACCCGCCGGGGACGGAGAGCUGGAGCCGCCACCCGCUGCUCGCAUCCCGUUCCUCUGUCCUUCCCAGGCGGGAGUGUGGCAUCCUCCGGGUGCCGGGCUCGGUCGGCAGCUGCCUUCGGAACCCUGAGGGACUCCAGGAGAGUGAAGCAGGUUUUCUCUUCCAAAAUGACUUUACAAGUUCUGUUUUUGUGUUUGACAUAUUCUGGGCUUGGAAAAGCAAAUGUGCUCCCACAGGAACACAAAAAAGUGAGGAUGGGUGACAGUGCAACUCUGAGCUGUGCCCUGACAAAACCCAUGGAUGUUCUGCAAGUGGCAUGGGAAAAGGACUCAGAAGAUUUCCAUGACAACAUACAUGACAAUAUAGCUACAUACAGUAAAAGUAAUGGAUUGAAGAUUCACAAGCCCUAUGAAGACAGAAUGAAUUUCACGAGUUUGGAACUCAACAAGACAAGCAUAACUUUUUGGGACACUAGAUUGGAUGAUUCAGGAUGUUACAAGUGUGUCUUCAAUGCUUUCCAUUUGGGCCCCUUCUCAGCAACCACGUGCCUGAGUGUUUUUGGUCUUAAUGCAUCUGUCCAUCACAACAUUUCUGAAGGUCAUUUGAUAGCCAUCUGUAAUGCUGAUGGCUUCCCAGAGCCCACAAUCACCUGGAACAACCUGUUCAAUUCUACUCCUACACAGAAGAUAGUCAAGCACAAAAAUGGGAUUGUGUCCAUCACGAGUCAACUGGAAAUCUACAACAUUCAGAGCAUCAAGGCACAGGAUUUGACCUGCAGAGUAAACAACACAGAAGAAUCAUUUGAACUGCCUGUGAAAAUAAGAGAAGAAAAGGGAUCAUCAUUGCUUUGGCUGGUGAUUAUUGCGGUGCUUCUAGUAGUCAUCACAGUUCUGAUUCUGAUUACACUGUUCUGGAGGAAGAUCCUGUGCAGGAGGAGUUGAAGUGGAUCCUUGAGGAUUUCUGUCCAUCUAACAGCUCAUUAAAAGUCAGCAGCAUGAAGUCAGCAUUACACUUGACUCGCUGGAAAGAAGCAGCAAAAAGAGGAGAAGACAUCAUGUACACUGCCCUAUCUGGAAGCUGAGUUGAUCACUGAAACAACUUAGACAAUGUUUGUUAUCUGGUAUAGGUCCUUAAUCUUAAAAUGUAGGACUGGAGGGACCACUUGGUCUGCUGCUCCACAGACGAGGAGAUUUUUGUCAGGCAAAACCUUCUUUGCCCAUGCCACUCCUGGUACUGCUGCUGGGCAAAAUGUGUUUGUCUUCUUCCAGCUGAGUUUUGAAAAUGUCCGUGGAUAGAAGCUCUGCAAACUCCCUGGGGGAUUCUCUUCCAGUGCUUAAUUGCUCUUGCUCUCUUGAAUUAGAGAGGGAUUUCAUUUUUGCCAACAUCUGUCUGCAAUUUCACUUCCAGCAACUCAGAGUUCACCACCCUCUUUCUCUCAUCUGAUUUUUCUUCUCUUAUCCAGCUGUUCCAACUCCUUUUUCUGUCUGGAAAGACCUGCUGGACUCAAAAUCACAGGACUCAAACUACGCCAGAUUUGUCAAAAUUAUUGGGGAAGAGCAAUAGGUCUCCAACAGGUGACUGAAUAAACGCAGUAGCAGCCACAGUUUGGAAAGAAGAAUUGUAAGUAACUUGUAUAAUAUAUACAUCAUUUACUUUAUUUGAUUUUUUUCUAAUCCAAGAGUGUUUUCUUCUGUGUUAUCUGUGGUUUUUAGGGAUGUGUGUGGUGGGGUUAAAUAUUUAAGUGAGGAGGAGAUGGUAACAAAGGCCAGUGGUGGAAAGCAUUGUCUUCUCCAUCUUUCUGUUAAUACCCUAUCCUACUCCUUGCUGAGCUGCCAAAAAGCAUGGAUUUCAUCAAUAGUUUUUGUGCUCACCUUAUGCACUGUUCAGAAUAGUCUUCCCUGUCUUCAUCCAUUUUUAUUGUGUUUUUUUAAACACUGAUAAAUGGCUUAGCUGGCCAAAAGUCAUUAUUCCAUGGCUGGACCACAUUGGGUGGGAUGUCACACGCUGAGCUCGCUGUCCUGUGCCCCUACUGUGGCUGCAGUGGUAUCAGCUGGCACUGCAGAGGCUGAGCUUACUGACUUGUCGUGCCUUUGGUAGCAGCUAAAGACACUAUUGCACUAUUCUUAGGAGGUGGACCUAAUUCUACUCCUGUCCCAGGCUGGACUGGAGUUCCUCUCCUGACAUCCCAAGCUGCUCAUCACUGCCAGCCCAAGCCUGCUGAUCCAGCCAUUUCCAGGCUUAAAGUUCCAGGUGCUUGGCCCCCUCUUGCUGGGCAGCAGCAGGGUGCUCAGGAGGACCAUGCACUCCUGGGCAUUGCCCUGCAGCUCCUCUUCUUUGUGAGGGGUUGAAGGCUCCAGGUGCCCUCUGCUUCUGUGCUUGUUUUAGUUAGGACAGAGUUAUUAUCUUGAUACGAGUUAGAAUGAGGCUACCUUUCCAACUCUUCCCUUCCUUCCUGGGGACUGUGUGGUUAUUAGUUGCUGGCUGGGGUUAAACCAUGACAGCCUCCGAGCACCUCCGCAGGGCUCUGCACCUGCCCCACAAGGCAAAGACUGCUAAAAGCAAGCCUACCUCUGGGUGUUCCUUCCUAGUGGCCCAUUUUACUGACAGGAUAGACAGAUGGGAGGACACCAGGGAGUCCUCUGGUGAUUUUUGGUUCAGCUGAUGAAUGCUACUGUUCAGGCUGUUUCUGUCUUCCUUCAGUCUGGAUGUUUGUCGUUGUAUCAGGAUCACUAACAGUAUGCUCUUUCCUUUUGGCUUUGAUGAGCAUUUGUUUGUGCAUCUGAAACAGUCCAUUUUACCUGAGUGUGUAGCGUUUUGGAUUGUGCCUUUUAUGUCAUAUGUUUACUAAGAGUACAAACUGUCAAGCUGAAAAAUCAACAACAGAGAUGAAAAACUUAGGACAGUGCUCAGAGCGAGUAUUUUGCUGGUUCUUGAGCAGUGGCCUCUCCAGAGCCUGGUAAAAAAGCUUCAUGUGUCUGUCUGCUUGUGUUCUUGAGGAUGUGAGGGCUGCUGUUUGCUCUGCUAUUGUAGGUGCAAUAUGAAUUAUUUAUUUGUAUUUAUUAGAC